CCUGGACCCUGAUACCUGCCCUGCCACCCUCUCAGCACCAUGGCCGCUCCCGCUCCCCUGCGUGACUGCCAGGCAUGGAAGGAUGCCGGGCUCCCACUCUCAACCACAAGCAACGAGGCCUGCAAGCUGUUCGAUGCUACCCUGACCCAGUAUGUCAAAUGGACCAACGACAGAAGUCUUGGUGGCAUUGAGGGCUGUCUGUCGAAGCUCAAAGCCGCGGAUCCAACCUUCGCCAUGGGUCACGCCAUCUCCAACGGCCUCGUGCUGAUCGGCACUGGAAGCUCCGUGCGGCUGGACAGGGAGCUGGACCGGGCCGUGAAGACAAUGGUGGAGGUUUCCCAAACACAGCCGCUGACGCAGCGGGAGCGGCUACACGUGUCUGCGGUGGAGACCUUUGCCAAGGGGAACUUUCCCAGAGCCUGUGAACUAUGGGAACAGAUCCUCUGGGACCACCCAACGGACAUGUUAGCCCUAAAAUUUUCCCACGAUGCCUAUUUUUACCUGGGCUACCAGGAGCAGAUGCGAGAUUCUGUGGCCCGAAUUUACCCCUUCUGGACACCCAGCAUCCCCCUGAGCAGCUACGUGAAAGGCAUCUAUUCAUUUGGAUUGAUGGAAACCAACUUCUAUGACAAGGCAGAGAAGCUGGCCAAAGAGGCUUUGUCUAUCAACCCCACAGAUGCGUGGUCGGUGCACACCAUUGCCCACAUUCACGAGAUGAAGGCAGAAAUCAAGGACGGAUUAGAGUUUAUGCAGUCCUCAGAAGCCCACUGGAAGGACUCUGAUAUGCUUGCUUGUCACAACUAUUGGCACUGGGCUCUGUAUCUGAUUGAGAAGGGAGAAUACGAGGCCGCCUUGACCAUCUACGAUAACCACGUCUUCCCCAGCUUGAAGGCCAGCGGGGCGAUGCUGGACAUGGUGGACAGCUGCUCCAUGCUGUACCGGCUGCGGAUGGAAGGGGUGUCUGUGGGUGAGCGGUGGCAGAAUGUCCUGCCUAUAACCCAGAAGCACAGCCAGGACCACAUCCUGCUGUUCAACGACGCACACUUCCUGAUGGCAUCCCUGGGAGCUCGGGACUCCGGGACCACCCAGGAGCUCCUGACCACCCUGCAGGAUGCCAGCAAGGCCCCCGGGGAGAACUGCCAGCACCUCCUGGCCCGUGAUGUGGGGCUGCCCCUGUGCCAGGCCCUGGUGGAGGCCGAGAACGGGAACCCGGAACGUGUUCUGGAACUGCUCCUUCCCAUCCGCUACCAGAUCAUCCAGAUUGGGGGCAGCAACGCCCAGAGAGACGUCUUCAACCAGCUGCUGAUCCAUGCGGCCUUGAACUGCACAUCUGGUGUCCACAAGAACGUGGCACGGAACCUUCUGAUGGAGCGUGACGCCUUGAAGCCCAACUCACCCCUGACCCAGCGGCUCAUCCGAAAGGCCGCUGCCAUCCACCUCCUCCAAUGAGCUGGACCUGGCCCCCUCCCCAGCGUCGGUUCAGCUGGCCCCUGAACCCUGAGGCUAGAAGCAGCUAGAGUCUGUUAGUUAGGGCUGUUGAGUAAUUUGCAGCUUUAAGCAGAAAGCCCUGUAACCAGCAACAUUAUGGGAAGUAGGGACACAAAUCAAUUUUAGACAUGACUCAGAAUCUUGGAACCCUCUGUUCCAAGGGCCAAGGGCCAAGGCGCAUGUGCCAGCAGUUAGAGCCAAAGUGGGCAGCGCUAUUGCCACUUGCCUGGCAAACUGUUUUCCCAGGGGACUCUUACACCUCCUGGGUUGGGGGGGCUGGCUUGGCUAGGGGAGGGGAGUCCUCCCCUGGGGAA